UCACACACCCCUUUUUUCUUGUAACAAUGUGUACGUUUUUAAGGAGGGAGGGGGCGCGCAGAGGGAGAAAGAGAGACGGAGAGAGAUAGAGAAAGGAGGAGGGGGGUGCGUUCUGAAAUAAUAUAGUCAGCCAUUUUUUAUGUAAGGGGAUUUUUUUUCUUAUUGGGGGGGUUGUUAAAAAAUAAAUAUAAGAGGGCGGCCAUCUUUGUUGCUCUGCCUAGUGUAAAAUAUUUCAAAACGCCCCCCACUUUUUUCUGUGCCGAUUUGAAUAUUAAAUAAAUAUCACACAUUCGCGCAAGAAUACGCUUUUUUUUGAAUACAAGGACGGGAUCCAAUGACAGGAAUAUAAUGUCCUCUCCUCUCCGGUCCUGUGAGGAAGACGAGGGCAUGGUGGUUAAUUCCGAGGGAGGAGAUUUUGAUGAAGAAGACGACGACGACGGAGACCUAGACGAGAACGCAAGCGACAUAAACUCGCCGGCGGCGCCUCGGGAAACUGCAACACCAGCCGCGCCAGACGAACAGCCGGAGAUAUCGGACCGAGAGGUCCUGUGCAGGAAGAAAGGCCGGCCGAAGAAAAAGAAAGACACAAAGAAGAAAGACAAGGAGGGGAAACCUGUCAAAGCAAAAAAACGCAAGAAGAUCGACAGCGAUGUAGACAGAGACUCAGACAGAGAAAGAGACUACGUUGAGAACUCGGACAGCGUAGCCAGCGAUUAUGGAUCUGGGGAGAAGAAGAAAAAGAAGAAACAUAAAGAAAGGAAGGAGAAGAAAACCAAGAAGAAGAAAAAAGACGAUGGGGACCGAGACAGCAGCCAGGAGGAAACAACAAAGCAACCGAUAGAGCAGAAGACUUCGGCUCAGCUGGCGAAGGAGUGGGGUCUGGAGGAUGUUGAUCAUACCUUCACGGAGGAGGACUACAGGGAACUCACUAACUAUAAAGCCUUCAGCCAGUUCAUGAGGCCGAUGAUAGCCAAGAAGAAUCCUAAGAUCCCCAUGUCAAAGAUGAUGACCAUCCUGGGUGCCAAGUGGAGGGAGUUCAGCUCUAACAACCCCUUUAAGGGCAACGCUGCUGCUGUUGCGGCAGCUGCUGCAGCUGCAGCGAUCGCUGUCGCCGAGCAGGUCUCUGCAGCGACUGCCUCUCCUGAGCCACCGCUGCAGCCGCCGCCGAUCAGAAAGGCCAAGACGAAAGAGGGCAAAGGCCCUGGCUAUAAGAAGCGCAGUAAAAGUCCUCGAGUCCCAGACAAGAAAAAGGCUGCAGCAAAGGCUAAAAAGAUGGCACCCAUUCGGAUCAAACUAUCGCCUAUAGGUGCCAAGAGGAAGAAGAGUUGCUCAAGCGACGAUAUGGAUGAGGAUGAGUCUGAGCAGGAGGACUCCAGCGUCCACAGCUCCUCGGUUCGCUCUGACAGCUCCGGCCGCGUCAAGAAGAACAAGCGAGGACGGCCAGCCAAGAAGAAAAAGAAAAAUUUUUCCAGACGCGAUUCAGACAUUGCUGUCUUCUGUCUUUCUUUGCCGGUUGUCUCGCCCCCUCAAGUCCCAGGCGAAGAGGACGGGGACGGCUAUGAGACAGAUCAUCAGGACUACUGCGAGGUGUGUCAGCAGGGUGGAGAGAUCAUCCUGUGCGACACUUGUCCUCGAGCCUACCACCUCGUCUGCCUUGAGCCCGAGCUGGACAAGGCCCCUGAGGGCAAGUGGAGCUGCCCGCACUGCGAGAAAGAGGGCAUCCAGUGGGAGGCAAAGGACGAGGACUUUGAGGAUUUUGAGGAGGACAGCGAGGACAGAGUGAUAUCAGAGGUCGGGCUGGGGGUCCACACCGGGGCAGAGGAGGAGGAGGACGACCACAUGGAGUUCUGUCGGGUGUGUAAAGAUGGAGGUGAACUGUUGUGCUGUGACACCUGCACCUCCUCCUACCACAUCCACUGUCUAAACCCGCCUCUGCCAGAGAUCCCCAACGGAGAGUGGCUGUGUCCACGAUGCACGUGUCCGCCAAUCAAAGGACGUGUCCAGAAGAUCCUCCACUGGCGAUGGGGUGAACCUCCGCCUCCCAUCCCAGUUCCCCCAGCCCCUGACGCCCCACCGGAUGCCCCGCCGCCGCCGCCCAUGAAGGGCAGAGCAGAGCGGGAGUUCUUUGUCAAGUUCACUGGGCAGUCCUUCUGGCACUGUACCUGGAUCACUGAGCUGCAGCUGGAGAUCUUCCACUCUGUGAUGUACAGAAACUACCAGAGGAAGACAGACAUGGACGAGCCUCCCAGCCUGGAUUACGGGUCGGGCGGAGAGGACGAGAAUGGAGUGGGAAAGAGCGAGAAGAGGAGGGCGAAGGACCCGCAGUACGCCAUCCUGGAAGACAAGUACUACAAAUACGGCAUCAAACCCGAGUGGAUGAUGAUCCACCGCAUCAUCAACCACAGUGUGGAUAAGAAGGGGAUGUACCACUACUUGGUUAAAUGGAGAGACCUGACUUAUGAUCAGUGCACCUGGGAGAGAGAUGACCUUGAAAUCCCAGACUUUUCAAUUCACAAGGCCAACUACUGGAGACACAGAGAUGCAAUUAUGAAGGAGGACCCCGACAAACCCAAGAGGAUGAGGAGCAGGAACCCAGAGGGUGAGGAGGAGUCUCCCGCCUCACCUGUCACUGAUCCUACGAUAAAAUACGAAGAACAGCCAGACUUUGUCACGUCUACAGGUGGGACGCUGCACCUGUACCAGCUGGAGGGUCUGAACUGGCUUCGGUUUUCUUGGGCUCAGGGAACAGACACCAUCCUGGCAGAUGAGAUGGGCCUUGGCAAGACCAUUCAGACCAUCGUUUUCCUCUACUCACUCUUCAAAGAGGGUCACACUAAGGGUCCGUUCUUGGUCAGUGCUCCGCUGUCCACUAUCAUCAACUGGGAGAGGGAGUUUGAGAUGUGGGCGCCCGACUUCUACGUGGUGACAUACACGGGAGACAAGGACAGCCGAGCCAUCAUCAGAGAGAACGAGUUCUCCUUUGACGACACGGCUGUUAAAGGAGGGAAGAAGGCCUUCAAACUGAGGAGAGAAGCUCCGAUCAAAUUCCACGUGUUGCUGACCUCCUACGAGUUGGUGACCAUCGACCAGACGGCACUCAAGUCCAUCGACUGGGCCUGUCUGGUAGUGGACGAGGCUCACCGCCUUAAGAACAACCAGUCCAAGUUUUUCCGGCGUCUGAAUGACUAUAAGAUCGACCACAAGCUGCUGCUGACAGGAACUCCUCUACAGAACAACCUGGAGGAGCUUUUCCACCUGCUCAACUUCCUCACACCCAACCGCUUCAAUAACCUUGAGGGCUUCCUGGAGGAGUUUGCCGACAUCUCUAAGGAGGACCAGAUCAAGAAGCUCCACGACCUGCUGGGGCCUCACAUGCUGCGGAGGCUGAAGGCCGAUGUCUUCAAAAAUAUGCCCGCCAAGACCGAGCUGAUUGUUAGAGUGGAGCUGAGUCCUAUGCAGAAGAAAUACUACAAGCUGAUUCUGACCAAGAACUUUGAGGCUCUGAACUCGAAAGGUGGAGGGAACCAGGUCUCCCUGCUCAACAUCAUGAUGGACCUGAAGAAGUGCUGCAACCACCCCUACCUCUUCCCUGUCGCCUCCAUGGAAGCUCAGAAAACCCCUACUGGUGCUUACGAGGGGUCUGCCCUCACUAAGGCCUCUGGGAAACUGAUGCUGUUGCAGAAAAUGCUGAGGAAGCUGAAAGAGCAGGGACACCGAGUGCUGGUCUUCUCACAGAUGACUAAAAUGUUGGACCUUCUAGAAGAUUUCUUGGACCAUGAAGGUUAUAAGUAUGAGAGAAUUGAUGGAGGCAUCACAGGAGCGCUGAGACAGGAGGCUAUUGACCGCUUCAAUGCUCCUGGUGCUUGUCAGUUUUGUUUCCUGCUCUCCACCAGAGCUGGAGGUUUGGGCAUCAACUUGGCCACAGCAGACACAGUCGUCAUCUUUGACUCCGACUGGAACCCUCACAAUGACAUUCAGGCGUUCAGUCGAGCCCACCGGAUCGGGCAGGCCAACAAGGUGAUGAUCUACCGCUUUGUCACACGGGCCAGCGUGGAGGAGCGCAUCACUCAGGUGGCCAAGAGGAAGAUGAUGCUGACCCACCUGGUGGUCCGGCCGGGCCUGGGAUCCAAAGCGGGAUCCAUGACCAAACAGGAGCUGGACGACAUCCUCAAGUUUGGAACCGAAGAGCUCUUCAAGGAUGAAGGAGAAGGUAUGAAGAUUAGUUCGGGGGAUAAAGUUGAGGAUGAGGGCAGCGUGAUCCACUACGACAGCACUGCCAUCGAGAGGCUGCUGGACCGAAGCCAAGACGCCACAGACGACUCGGACGUCCAGAACAUGAACGAGUACCUCAGCUCCUUCAAAGUGGCCCAGUACAUGGUCAGAGAGGAGGACAAGAUUGAGGAGAUCGAGCGCGAGAUCAUCAAGCAGGAAGAGAACGUGGAUCCGGAUUACUGGGAGAAACUGUUGCGGCAUCACUACGAGCAGCAACAAGAGGACCUGGCGAGCAAACUGGGUAAAGGAAAGAGGAACCGCAAACCCGUCAACUACAACGAUGCUGCACAGGAAGACCAAGAGUGGCAUGCUGACAUUUCAGAUAACCAGUCCGAGUAUUCAGUGGGCUCCGAGGAGGAGGACGAGGACUUUGACGAUCGGCCAGAAGGUCGAAGGCAGUCGCGUCGCCAGUUGAGGAAUGAGAAGGAUAAACCUCUGCCUCCUCUCCUGGCCCGAGUGGGAGGCAACCUUGAGGUGCUGGGAUUUAACACACGGCAGCGAAAGGCUUUCCUGAACGCAGUGAUGCGCUGGGGGAUGCCGUCUCAGGACGCUUUCGCCUCGCAGUGGCUGGUCAGAGACCUCAGGGGCAAGACUGAGAAAGAAUUCAAAGCUUACGUGUCUCUCUUUAUGCGUCACUUGUGUGAGCCGGUGGCUGACGGGGCUGAGACGUUUGCCGAUGGCGUGCCGAGGGAGGGCUUGUGUCGGCAGCCGGUCCUCACCCGAAUCGGCGUCAUGUCCCUCGUCAAGAAGAAGAUCCAGGAGUUUGAGCACAUCAACGGGCGGUGGAGUCUUCCAGAGCUCAAGCCUGAAGUCAGCAUAGACAAAACCUCCUCCAGGGCCUCCUCUCCUGCAGUGAAGACCUCCACGCCCACCCCUGAUGCCAGCUAUAACAACACACCUUGCACCUCCAAGCCAGCGACCCCUGUGCCAGUAGACAAGCUAGAAAAGAACGGAAAAGAGGCAGAGAAGGAGGAGGACAAAGGGGAAGGCGAGGCCCCGUCUGAUAAAGAGAAAAUGAAGGAGAAAGACAAGGAGGAGGCGAAGGAGGGGGACAGCAACAGGACCACAGACCCUGAGGAGCUUUCCUCUUUGCCAAAAGAGACGUCGCAAAAUGCAUCCCCUGGUCAGAAAACCGAAGGCAAAGGGGAGAGCGACCUGAGAGAGGAGGAGAAAAAAGAAACAGCCGACACUACAACAGGGGAGAAAAAAGAGGAGAGUAAAGAAGAAACAAAGCAAGACACAGAGGUCAAAGAGGAGAAAUCAGAAGGGGAAAAGGUGGCAGAGGAGAAGGAAAAAGACAAAGAGACAGCGGCAGCAACAGAAGCCACAGACACCAAGGACAAGGCCGAGGCAGCUGACGUGAAGAAAGAGGAAGUCAAGGGUGAAAAGGAUGCUGGGAAAGACGUGAAAGCGGCAAAGGAGGAGGUGCCCAAGGGUAACGGGAAGCCUCCCACCGAGCGACCUCGCUUCAUGUUCAACAUCGCAGAUGGUGGCUUCACAGAGCUGCACACUCUUUGGCAGAAUGAGGAGCGGGCUGCCGUCUCCUCAGGGAAGAUGAACGAGAUCUGGCACCGCCGACACGACUUCUGGCUGCUGGCGGGAAUCGUGAUUCACGGCUACGCCCGGUGGCAGGACAUCCAGAAUGAUCCCCAGUUCGCCAUCGUCAAUGAGCCUUUCAAAUCGCAGGCGAAUAAAGGCAACUUCCUGGAGAUGAAGAACAAGUUCCUGGCUCGGCGCUUCAAGUUGUUGGAGCAGGCGCUUGUGAUAGAGGAGCAGUUGCGACGGGCGGCCUACCUGAACAUGACCCAGGACCCGAGCCACCCGGCCAUGGCGCUCAAUGCUCGCUUUGCAGAGGUGGAGUGCCUCGCCGAGUCGCACCAGCACCUCAGCAAGGAGUCGCUGGCGGGCAACAAGCCGGCCAACGCUGUCCUGCACAAAGUGUUGAACCAGUUGGAGGAGCUGCUGAGUGACAUGAAGGCUGACGUGACCCGAUUACCGGCCACGCUGUCCAGGGUCCCACCCAUCGCCGCCCGUCUGCAAAUGUCCGAGAGGAGCAUCCUCAGCCGACUGGCCAGCAAGGGCACCGAGACGCACACACCCCCGCCCAUACCUCCAGGACCUUACGCGACCCCUCAGAACUACGGCGCCCCCUUCACCCCUGCCCCUCCGAGCGCCUUGCACAUGGGAGGGGCCAACUACAGUCAGAUGCCGCCCGGAUCCUUCAUAUCAGAAGCCGCCGCCGCUGCUGGGGCCACCGGGGGAGCUGCAUGGGGCGCCGCUGGAGGGCCAGCCGCUGCUUGCCAGAAGACCAAGGAGCACGAUGUGGUGCAGCGGCAGCGAGUGGUGGACCUCUGGAAAGACGGCAAGUCAGAGGGGGCAAUUGGGCAGGAACUGAGGAUGCCCAAGUCCACGGUGCACAGCAUCAUUGUCAAGUACCGGCUCAGCAACACGGUGGAGAACCUGCCCCGCAAUGGGCGACCCAAGAAACCCUGAGGGGAGGAGGUUCCACACUGAGGGAUAAGAAGAGAGGACAUCCUGGAAUGUAAAAAAACUGAAAAAGAAACCAUAAAAGCUGAAAAAGGAGGGACAAAACCUGAAUGAAUGAGGAGAAGGUCCAAAAAGGACCCGAGGACAGAGCACUUUGAUGCUGCUGGAAUGUAUGGAAUAUAAAGGGAGAAGUAAAGCUCAUGGUAGAAAGAGGACGAGAGGCGAAACUGAAAGGACAUGAAAAGAGAAAAGAAAUGGCGGCACUUUGAUCCAAGAAAACAAGCAAUCAGCUGCAGGGAGAAAGAGGAGCAGAGGGGUCCAGAAUAAGAGGGGAGAGGUGAAAAGCUGGCCCUGAGAUCGAGCACUAAUGAUGUGUGGGGGUGGGGGGGACGACAUGCGUGGAACUAAUAAAUCCUAGAGUAAAGAGAAAAGGUGCUACUGAAAACAAGACCAAAAAUCUGACUUUGAGGAGAAAGAUGUCUGGACAAAGAGGAGAGAGGGGGGAAAAAACGAUAGUAUGUUAAUGCAAUCACAGAUUUCAGAUAUGAAGGCCAAAAUGGAGAGAAAUGCAACAAAGAAGGAUUUUUUUAUUUUUUAUAGCUCUUCAGACUUCUUUUUCUCCCGUUGUGGCGAGAAAGGUUUCCCCCCGGAUCAAUUCUUCAUCCGCCGGCUGGCUGAACAAGUCUGUCCCCUCGCUCUGACCCUGCACUCCCUCAUUCCUCCACCACAGUCCUCCACUCCUCUGUCUCUCUUUCUCAGUCUGUCUCUCUCUCUCGCACACACACACACACACACACAUAUAUGUAUAUAUGGACCUCACACACAACCUGGAAACCUGCAAAGAACCUCAUUUGUCUGCUGAGUACAGGCAGAUGAAAUCCAAGCUCAAAAUAGAAAGGGACAAAUUGGACUGAGAUUGUCCUGCAAAAAAAGAAAAGGAGGAAAAAAAGCAAGUUUUCUAAGUACAAAACACAUUCCCAUGGACUCUUUUGCCCUGGCAUUCCUGAGUCCAACCAAGCAUAGAAAAAAGAACCAUGAAUUUAAAAAAAAAAAAACCUUAGACGUUGCCUUUGUCCAACAAUCAGUAGCAAUAUUGCUCUGACUCAACCUGAUGGACUGGCAUUGAGAAAUGUACUGUAUUACAAAGGAUAUUAACUAUUGCACCUUUCUUGUGAGCUCACUUAAGGGGGAAUAUCACUCCAUUUCCUGUUUUUAAGCCUCAUCGCGGCCGAAAUCAGUAUUUAUGAGCGGCUCUUCCCUAAAGCUAAAGACUGUAAUCUGUCACCGAAAUAAAAACGGAGACUGACUUUGAAGCCCGAGGAGACAUUUUUGUUCCUGAAACUUCUUUAUUGUGACAGCGUGAUGAAUUCCACGCUGGAAAAUGUCCCCUGCUCCCUGAGAAAAUAAAACACUCUGGACUGUGUCAUCGUUUUUCCAGCUCGGUGCGUGUGUGCAGUAGAGCUGUACAUCAGUGUGACAUCCCAGACUAAAGAUCAGGACAAACUCGUCUGUCUUGUUUCUGGAAGGAGGAGAGGUGAACAGUUACAGCCCAAUCUUUUCUACAACAUAUGAGUAUUUUUAAGCUAAAAGUGAGUGGUAUUUCCCGUUAAGCUUGGAGCACAUCAAGACCAGAACAAGUCUGGCAGCAGUGUGGCCUGCAAUGAGAAAUAUACUGUAUGUGCCUGAAAGUGUUUCUCUGUUCGUGUGUGCACCAUGUUUAAAACAUUUCAAUACUGUUGGAAUGAUGCUUGAAUUUAUUCACUAAUUCAGAAACAACAAUAUUCCUAUUCCACAAAAUAAUAAGCUCAGCUGUUUCAUUUUGUCUGUGUUCAGACAGAAUUUUGCCUAAAUGCAUCAGUCUUAAACGUAAAGCUGCACUAAUCAGUAUUUGUAUGUUAAAAAUGAUUAUGUGUAAUGUGAAAGGAGUCUCUCAUUGUGACAAACCUGUAGAGAAUUACACAGUUCCUCUUCACAGAAUGUUUUAACAUCUUUCAGCUCAUUGUUUUGGUUUUGUGGGCCGUGAGUUGACUGCUUUGGUUCAGCCUCACUGCUCUGUUCAACAUCGUUUUCAGCUGCAGGCAGCUGUUUUGGGUGAAAAUGCUCUGAUGAACCCUUUGUGUGCUACCUGAGCACCAAACAAAGUUAACAACUAGCUGGUGAAGACUGCACGGCAUUUAGCAGUUAGCCAAUAACUCCUUUGGGAGUUGGUGGAGACCGAAACAGGAGAAAAUGCAGGAGGAGAAUAUUUCACUUGUACUGAUAAGGUGGACGGAAACAUGGCUCCAAAUGAAUGCUAGUGUUGCUCUGUGUCUGCUGGAUGCGGAAAGAUGCUAACACAUUAGCCACAUCAAUUUCACAAGGUGACUUGAUGCACUGUUGCGCUGCCCCAAGGUCCCCAAAAAAAUCAAUUGAUCAGGACAAGGAAUCUGACCAUUCAUGCCAACUUUCAAUACUUCCAUUUCACUUUUCGAUUGAUAUUCAAAGAGUAAAGAGGUGUAACACAAGCCUUAAAAGAAAUGGAACACAUGCAUGCAUGCUCACAGAGGAACACAGACAUGCAUGCAAAUUACUCCUGAAACAGCGAAAACCUUGACUGAGGACUUCUAAUUUCUUGCAGCACUUGGAUUUAUGAAGCUCUUUUCAAGCCUCAGUUGGACAGACUGUUCAUUCUAAAAUCAAGCCUGUGCCUUUUUAGUUUCGGAAUAGUUGUCAGUUCAGACACAGAAGGUUGUUGCUGAUGAAAGGUUCUGGCUUAGAUACACUCACGCAAAGCUUUUCAGCAAGCAAAAAUGCUUCGUUUCCUGCCAAGAUGGCAGCACUCACUUCUAUCAGAUAGUAGGCAGGACCUACAGGGGAGAGACACAGGCUGUCAUGUCAGCCAGGAAUGUUUUUUAUUGCCUUUCUGGACUUGAGAUGCUCCAUCCAGUGCAGCCCCAGAGUUUUGGGCCUACUAGAUGCAUAAAUCGGUUUAAGUUUUGGGAAUUCAUAGAGAUACGUCCAGGUGUGGACUGUUGGAGUUGUCAUAUUUUUGCUGUAACUGCAAUUAUCACUGCCAGCCUAAUUUGAGACGAGAAAAUGUCUGUCAACAGUGUCACGGCUUCUGUAGAGAGAGUGAGGGUGAUGAGGAAAGAGAGGAGGGUGGACAGAGGUGAAGUAUUGCAGAGUGAAUUUGGCAGCAGGGUGAAAUGUACGAUGUUGGACGUCGCAGAGGGAAUCUCUUAUCUGGCGCGAUACAAGUGCCUCAUUGAAUUCCUCCUCCUGUUUUAUCUUCACAGAGGCCAAUGUCAAUAUCCAAACUUAUUGUCCUCAAGAGGGCGCUACGCCCCUGGAUACUGGUGGUUAGAAAGUGUGCUUUUACACUAUAGCAACACACCUUUAAAAGCUCUUCUGCCAGAAAUACCAAAUUAUCAAGUCCCACUGGUUUGCAUCCUGUUAUUUCCUCCGAAUUUUUCAUAUGUCGUCAGCCAAUUUGAGUCCAGCGCAGGAGUGGCAGACUCCGCCACUAACGGUGAAAACUACUAACCAGAGAGGUAACUAGUGAAUGUGAAUACACUGAGAUAGAUUAUUACUGCCAUAAAUAGUAUCAAAAGAGAGCGGUUUUGAUUUCAUGAAAAUCUUGAGGAUUAUAACUGAAAAAUAUAAAUCGGCUUUUUUUUUCCUUUCAGUAAAUGCGUGACAUGAAUGCAUAAGGAUCUUUUAAGUUCCUGUUUUUGAACAAGUGAUAUACCAUCCAUCCAUUUUCUGUACCGCUUAUCCGUCAGGGGUGGCGGGGGGGUCUGGAGCCUCUCCCAGCUGACUGGGCGAGAGGCGGGCUUCACCCCGGACUGGUCGCCAGUCAGUCACAGGGCUGACACACAAAGACAGACCCAGUGAUAUACUGAGCAGAAAAUUUUGCAUUUGAAACACAUGCAUCAAAAGGCAUGUGAGCGCUCUGUAGUGGACAGAGUAUAUGGUGAUAACACUGUUUCCAAGAUACCUCAAACGCGUCUUUUCUGUAUUGCAGUUUCUUGUUGUCCUAUCAGCCUUUGGUGUCAGUCAGAGAACUUUUUUUCCACCUCUCUUUUUUUUAGCUUUCUUCUCUCUUUUUUAUCUCCAUGCACCCAUAAUUCCUCUUGCUCUUUCACCCAGUCUUUACCUCGAUUUGUUUUGCUUCCUAUCAGAUUUUGUCUAACCCCCACCACCACCACCACAGACACUCUCUCUCUCUCUCACACACACACACACACUUAGCAACUCUGUCUUCCUUCUUUCUCUCCAUCCCCUCUGUUGGCCUCCACUGGCGAAAUGCCCUAAGUUUUCCCAUAAGUGGUCCCCCCUCUCUGAUUCUAGACACACACACACACACACACACACACACACACACACACACACACACACACACACACCUUUUCAGCUCAAUACACUCCUUAUCACAUCUUUGAUCUGCACGGGGGUGUUAUCGCAGUUUAUCUUUCCCCAUGGCGCGAAUGAGAGGAGCGCACUGUUAGUCUAUUCCUGGCGUUGUUUUGAAAGGAGCACUAAACUCGCCGUUCCACUCCCCGAGCAGAUUCGUGAUAGCGCACAAAUGUGGGAAGCACAGAUCCCUUUGCUGGCCAGCUGUGCAGUCGUGUAGAAAGAUGUUCGUUUUCAUGCAUGUGUGCGUUAGUGUGUCUGUGACCUCAUUUGUGUGUGUGUGUGUGCGUGUGUGUUUUCCCUCAUUGCCGGCCUCACUUUCUCCAGGUUAACUGUUGUUAUUCUGGUGUUUCAUCACUAUUGUAAACACAAUACUGUAUAUGUAAUAUGUUAUAUUGAUGUACUGUAUUAUGCAAGUUCGCUCAUUAAAAAGAUUAUCAGCGUAU